AAUGGCAGAUAUAUUAACAUGACAGGUGAAUUUCACAUCUGCUGAGUGCUCAUACUUCCAGAAGUUUGACUGGCCAGCUGUGCUCUCAUAAUUGCUUUUGAAAAGGUUUUCUGGCUCCGGAGAAAUCAAAUCAAGUCUGUUCCUAAGCAAAUUGAGAUUUCCAAACUGCAGCCACUCUAGAAAUUCUAAACAUCAUUCAAAAGAAGAUUUCAAUCUCACUGUUUCUUCUUUCUCUAAGGAGCUGUUUGGCCUCUUUCUACCUGGACUGGAACAAAGACUUCUGCCUUAGGGGGAGUGAAUGAGCCACAGAAGCUGAAGUGACAGCUGCCAUUCUUCUGAAAUACCCAGGGAGAGGCAACGACAGACUAUGGGCAGGCAAGUGAGGGAGGCAUUACUUUCCUGGGAAGGCGGGAAUCAACCCUCGACAAGUAGGAUGGGCAUUUAAAGGAGGGGAGAAAGUUCACCGUCAGCUGCCACUCAGCCCAGCAUCGAACAAACAGCUGAGCUCCUCUUGUGUCUCUCCCCUGCUGAAGUCGCCAAUCUCAAGGAAGGAAUCAAUUUUGUUCGAAAUAAGAGCACUGGCAAAGAUUACAUCUUGUAUAAGAGUAAGGGCCUCCUGCGAGCAUGCAAGAAUACGUGCAAGCACCAAGGAGGCCUGUUCAUAAAAGAUAUCGAGGAUUUAGAUGGAAGAACUCUAAUUGCAAAUGGAUUCCUAGCUUGAUAAACAGUGACAUUUCUAAGGUCUGUUAGAUGCACAAAACACAACUGGAAGUUGGAUGUGAGCACCAUGAAGUAUAUCAACCCUCCAGGCAGCUUCUGCCAAGAUGAACUAGUUGUGGAAGAGAGUGAAGAAAAUGAACUUUUGCUUCUAGAACUGAAUCCUCCUAACCCCUGGGAUUCAGAGCCCAGAUCUCCUGAAGAUUUGGCUUUUGGGGAAGUUCAGAUAACAUACCUUACUCACGCCUGCAUGGACCUCAAGCUGGGGGACAAGAGGAUGGUGUUUGACCCUUGGUUAACGGGUCCUGCUUUUGCCCGAGGAUGGUGGUUACUACAUGAGCCUCCAUCUGAUUGGCUGGAGAGGCUGUGCCAAGCGGACCUAAUUUACAUCAGUCACAUGCAUUCAGACCACCUGAGUUACCCCACACUGAAGAAGCUUGCUGGGAGAAGACCAGAUAUCCCCAUUUAUGUUGGAAAAACAGAAAGACCUGUAUUUUGGAAUCUGAAUCAGAGUGGUGUCCAGUUGACUAAUAUCAAUGUAGUGCCAUUUGGAAUAUGGCAGCAGGUAGACAAAAAUCUCCGAUUCAUGAUCUUGAUGGAUGGCAUUCAUCCUGAAAUGGACACUUGCAUUAUCGUGGAAUACAAAGGUCAUAAGAUACUCAAUACAGUGGAUUGCACCAGACCCAAUGGAGGAAGGCUGCCUAUGAAGGUUGAUUUAAUGAUGAGUGAUUUUGCUGGAGGAGCAUCAGGCUUUCCGAUGACUUUCAGUGGUGGAAAGUUUACUGAGGAGACUAAUCCAAACACUGUCAUUCCAGAGGAAUGGAAAGCCCAGUUCAUUAAAACAGAAAGGAAGAAACUCCUGAACUACAAGGCUCGGCUGGUGAAGGACCUACAACCCCGAAUUUAUUGCCCCUUUGCUGGGUAUUUUGUGGAAUCCCACCCCUCAGACAAGUACAUUAAGGAAACAAACAUCAAAAAUGACCCAGAUGAACUCAACAAUCUUAUCAAGAAAAAUUCUGAUGUGUUAACAUGGACACCGCGACCUGGAGCCACUCUUGAUCUGGGAAGGAUGCUAAAGGAUCCAACAGACAGCAAAGGCAUCAUUGAGCCUCCGGAGGGGACUAAAAUUUACAAGGAUUCCUGGGACUUUGGACCAUAUUUGAAAAUCUUGAACGCUGCUGUAGGAGAUGAAAUAUUUCGUCACUCAUCCUGGAUGAAAGAGUACUUCACUUGGGCUGGAUUUAAGGAUUAUAACCUGGUGGUCAGGAUGAUUGAGACAGAUGAGGACUUCAGCCCUUUUCCUGGAGGAUAUGACUAUUUGGUUGACUUUCUAGAUUUAUCCUUUCCAAAAGAAAGACCAAGCCGGGAACAUCCAUAUGAGGAAAUUCGGAGCCGGGUUGACGUCAUCAGACACGUGGUGAAGAAUGGUCUGCUCUGGGACGACCUGUAUAUAGGAUUCCAAACCCGGCUCCAGCGAGAUCCUGAUAUAUACCAUCAUCUGUUUUGGAACCAUUUUCAAAUAAAACUCCCCCUAACACCGCCUGACUGGAAGUCCUUCCUGAUGUACUGUGGGUAGAGAGGACCUGAGAUCUCCCAGGGAUACUAAGCUACAUGAAAAAUUCAAGUAUUCAUUGAUGCUGUAUCUUGAACAUGAAGCUUAUACCAAAGAGACUAUGCCUUAUUGACAUCAGCAAUGGAUAAUCAAAUAUUGUGUUUGUGAAAUGUUCACAUAUCUUAUGUUUUUGGAUCACUACAUAGCCAGAUUAUUAAUAUUUUAAUUAUUCUGUCCAUAAUUUUAUGUAAAAGAACCCAUGAAUGCAAUAGGAACAAAUUCUCUAUGGAAAAUAAAGACAACAGGAGAUGUAAAUCCAAGUACAGAAGAAGUAGAACAGGAGGAGAAAAGGUUUCCUAGAAGACAAGGAAAAGAAAGGGUGGGGGAGCAGAUGUUGGGUUAGAAGAAGAGAAGAAAGGAGAGAAAUAGAUAAAUGAAAGGCUAUAAGAAGAAAAUAAGAAAGAUAAAAGGUUAAAAUGGAACUUUAAAAGAAUGUAAACAUAGACAUUUUGUUCCUUAAUAGAUUGACUCCCCAGAUAGAGUCCAUGAAUAUAACUGAGUAAGAAGCGUUCAUGAGCUGUUUUCAGUUUUUGAAAAAGUUUCAUUGAAAUCAUAUAUUUACCAAAACAAGGCUGCAGAGGCUACCCAAGAUGUAAAAUUUCAUUGGGACUGAAAUAAUUUUGGUUCAGUGACAAAAUUUAUUACUUAAUGUAUAUUAUAAAUUCUAACAAAUAGUGGUAUCUUUGAAUAAAAUACAUGAACACUAGCUAAUGAUAAAGUGAGUCCUAUAGACAAAAAUCUUUCAAGGUCAAUAGGAUAAUCAACAGUCAAGACCUAUAUCUUGAAAAAAUUAAGAAGUCCUCUUCUGAACACUUGAAAACACUGUUGCAGUGGUUAAAAUCCACAACUAAUUUAUCUGUUUCUGUUAACGUCUGUAGUUUUUGAUGAUUUUCCUGUGAUUAUCACACUAUCUCUAGGAAUAUGUGAUUGUUGACUACGUUUCUAUUUUAAUAUUGAUGUUUCCAGCACACAAAAACCUCUCAUUGAUCUGAACAUCAAAACUGAUUUCCUAAUUGUGUUUACUACCUCUUUAAUUCUGAGGAUUAAGAUUUAAGAUUCUCCUUAAAUCUCAUGAUUAUCUACUUCUUACAAAGAUAAUAAUAUGAUAUUUGAUGUCUCUGAUUCACUUCAUACAUUCUACCUAUGUUUUGUGAUUUACGCUAUAUAGUAAAUUUUUCAAUUAUUACUGAAAAAUAAAUGUAAUGUGUAUCAGUAUAUGAAUAUAUGAUAAAAUGUGUAUGAUGAGCAAAUAAAAGAUUAUUUUAAAA